UUGAGGUCUGACCCGCAAGAACUUCGGGGGCGUGCUCCAUCAAAACGCGGAGUCGGGUGUCAGUUUGGACCUGACAUCACCGAUGCUUGGCUUUCAAAGAAUGGAGUACAAUACGUCGUUAGGAGCCAUGAAGUCAAACCUGAGGGCUAUGAAGUACAUCACAACGGAAAAUGCAUCACAGUAAGUAAACCCAAUGCGGUAUUUUCUGCACCUAACUACUGCGAUCAAAUGGGUAACAAAGGCGCCUUCAUAACGAUAACAGGAGAUAAUUUGACGGCGAGGAACUAUACAAAUUUAUGGCCAAAAUUCACCUCAUUUGAGGCAGUACCUCACCCAAUGGUGCCUCCGAUGGUAUAUGCGAACAGUCUGUUUGGUUUUGCCUGAUG